CAGAUUGGAACAGAACCGCCAACUACACCAAACAAGGAGCAAAGAUUACAGCGAUCGAACAAAGCUCCAGUCUUUUCUUCUUCUUCUUCUUCUUCUUCUUCUUCUUCUUCUUCUAUGAUUCCCUUCCCUCGAGCAUCUAAAAAGGGUCCCCUGAGAACUGAGAAUUCUCUCGAAUAUCUAGAGUGGUAGCCCUUCUCCCGCUUUUUCUCGCGCCAGCCGCUUCGGGGCUCUGGUUUUUGUAUCGAGACGGCGGAGGGUUUCGGCGCUGGGGUCGGGAUAAUGGUCUGUUGAGGGUUCUGGUAGUGAUCGGGAGACUGGAUGAUGGCGCCUGCUUCUCGGGCUGGUUCCGGCUACUGGAUUUUCUUGCGGGGAUUUCCUCCGUUGUUGAGGAAAGGAGGCGGCUUGUUCAUCCCCGAUUGUGGUUUUGGAGGCCCGAGAUUGAUCAUGGUUUAGAAAAUGGAAGAGGGCUGCACUUGGAAACCCUUCUGGAACUUGCUUUGAGUCACGUGUAGUCGCUUCAGAUGUGCAGCCCUAAUGGAUCUUGGUUCUUUCCACUGAUCACUGGCCUGUUUGCGUUCUUGAGGUGCCAUAAAAAUGUGAGUUUAUACAAAGGAAAGAGGGGAACAAGAUUUAUCUGACAAGUUGAAUUUGGGUACCUUAGGUUAGAUUUUUGUUCUAUUGGAAGUUUAUUUUCCUGGGAUUUCAUUGUGAUGCACCAAAAAAUGUAAAUAUAGUCAUUCUGGAGCUUGAAAUUAGCGUGUGGACAAGGCUUAUGAGCAGGAGCACUGGCGAUGGUUCAUUCCCUAACCGGAACUACUGAACUGGAUAUUGGGACUUUUUGGUCAGCAAUUGGCAAGUGUGCAGUAAUGUCUCGCUGCUUCCCGUAUCCGCCACCAGGAUAUGAAAAGAAGGCGAAGAAUGUUGCAAGGAGUGACUACGUAUACUUACUGGCAAAGGAGAAGCACAAUGAGAAAGAGCAUAAAAAGGAGAACAGGGAUACAGAAAAAAGGGAGGGAAAAAAGGAAGGGACAAAGACCAAAGAAAAGACAAACACAAAGAAAAGAGAAAUCGAAGAGAAAGGCACAAGGACAAGAAAAAGGAGGAUAGGGACAAGGGUGGACGCGGGACAUAUAAUGAUAGGAUCGAGAAACCGAUUCAAUGUCACCAUAAAGACAGGCUGGAGGGCAUCUGGAAAACUGAAGAUAUUAAGCAUUACAAAUUAACUGAGUUGUACUGUCAGAUCAAAGCAAACGGAAUUGUCGGUAACUCCAGUAGUUUCAUCCAAAGAAGCUUUGAUGGAUCCGGUGCUAAAGCUGCAAAGCUUAUGGAAAGAGUUGCAAGUAUUAGAGUCAUUUCUGCUUCUAUGUAUUCUUUGCCUUGGAGAAACAAUGGGAUGGACAGCAGAUAAAUUGCCUAGUUUGAUUCAAAGUCAUACCGAGGCUUCUGGAUCUGCAAAUGCUGUUAAAAAAGAACGAAAUACAGCUAAUUUGGUUCCAGACUUCAUUUAUCUUGGGCAAAUAGGAAAUGGUGGUAAUGAACAACCAGUGGACUCGAGGGUUUCUCUUCAACAACGAUCUGAUGGUCCAUACAUCACAACUGCAGUGGAAAAGGAGAACUGCAAAUGAAACAAAGUUGUUGUUCCUAUUAGCAUGGUACAAAGACCUUCUAAUGGUUUGUGCCAAUCAGCAGAAAGCUCUACAAUUCUGGCUCAUAGAAAAGUUGAUGCCAUUGGCCUUGCAAAGAAAACAGAGGACAGCGGAGAAAUCAAGAAACUGGUUCCAAACAUCUUUAUAGAGCGGAGAGAACAGGGGGAAUUGGCCAACCAAUUGAGAAGGUUGAAGCAAAAGUAUUGAGGGGAAAGAGAAUAAAAUGGUAGGGGAAGCUUGUGGUAGAAAUGACGCAAGAUGCAUGAGCAGUGGUCAGGAUAAGAAGAACAAGGACAAGGACAAACUCAAGGAGAAAGGAAAAGAGAAGACAAAAUCGAGACAUAAAUGUGAGCAAAAAAAUAAAGAAUAUGAUUAGAUAAGGGAUAUAGGAAAAAAAGGAUUGGAUAGGUAUUUCAAAUCUAGAACUGCUAGCUUCUCAGAGAGACAAGAAAAGGAGUCGCAAUACUGAUGAAAAUAAGAAGAGAAAGGAACUUGAGAUGAAUGGCCUUCUGCAUGAGAAUGAUAUGCUGCCUGAUAAAUUCCAAGGACAACUCCUACCCACACAGAAAAUGGGAUGCUAGUGGACUCGUCCCAUGUUUCUUGUUCUUCCAUGAAGCCUGAGGCCAUAAAUAACAUUUAAGGCAGGAAAAAUUUCUGUAAGUAAUGAGGAACACAUUCUAAAUGGUGUAGAAAUGCCUCCACCAUCCUCAGAUGAAUCGAGGUAUCCAGCUGUUAUAGACAAUUCGAAAGGGCAAGUUUCUUUGAAGCCUCACUGAGAUUUCAAGUAUCUCAGUGAAAUAUACUCCAUGCGCAAAAUGGAUGAUUUGCCAGAGUAUGAUGACCAGGAGUGGCUAUGCUACAGCUUUCGACUUCAAUCAAAACCAAAGACAGAGCUUGAGGCUGAUGAGACACCUCAAGUGUGGGCUGAGGCAAUAAGAAUUGGGUCCGAGAGUGUUCUCACUUUGCCAUAUGUCAUUCCAUUUUGAUAUCAAACUUCCUUUAUACCUGAUUCAUAUUGAAGAUAUGGUAGCGGGACCGAGAUACACAACUUAUUAAUUCUUGCUGCCUUUCAUCCCUUCAGAAGCUGAAAUGUAGAUGUCAGUCACUUGGCAUCCUAAAUAUAUCUCACAUCGUGGAUGCUCAAAUGACUUUUUGAAGCCACAAUAAUGAAAAUGCAGCGAUGGCAUACUUCUGGACGAGAAGAGGUGAAAUGACUGUGCAAAUAGGAGCCUGAACCCUGCCUCGAGGCAGGCAUUCACUGGAGAAGAUCCGAGUACGUGGCUUCCACCUGCGCACUGCUGUGUAGCGCCUCGGAGAAGCGCCGUUCCCUCGCUGUCUCCCGUCACCGUCAACGUUCUGCCUUGGUGGGAUAGGGGCCGGCGAGGAGGCAGGAGCCUGGACCCUGUUUUGUGGCGGGUACUCACUGGAGUACGUGGCCUCCGCGUGCGCACCUCAUGGGAGCAGGCUCGUCCCCUCGCUUUCUCCUCCUGCACAGCAAACAGAGGCCGGUUGUCCCCAUCACCCUCAACGGUCGACCGCAGAGGGACCGGCCCAGUGGCAAAGGAGGAGCCUGAACCCUGUCUUGCGGCGCGUACUCACUGGACAUAUCCGAGUACGUGCCAUCCGCUCGCGGACCACUGGGCUGCGGGUGUGACUCAUCCGAACCAGAAAACAGCAUCUAAAGGUCCCCAGCAUCAUCAGCGAUAGACGGCUACGGGAUGGGGGCCAGUGCAACGGUAGAAACCUGAACCCUGUCUCGCGGCGCACACUCUCACUGGCCAGAGUUGUCCAUGGGAGAGGCCGUGUCCCCGCGCUGUCUCCUCCGGCAUGGCAAACGGGUCCCCAUCAUCGACAACGUUCGAACGUCUCUUUCCUCUGUUUUCUUUAUUCCCGGCGCUUUCUUUCUCCAAAACUAAGAAGUAAAAGCAGCAGAGCGCACGCAUCCAAAGGAAGCCGACGCCAGGGCGAAACAAAGCGCAGUUCUUUCGCUCUGCUACCAAGAACAGACUUGAAAACACCACCACGACAAUCUCACCCCCUCUCUCUCUCUCCAUUGAUUGGUACUGUUUAACCCUUGUCGUCUUACUUCCGGUAGCUGAAGUGGUUCAACUCGCCAUGAAUGCCUUUUUCAUUUACUCCUUGGAAUUUCCUAUAAAGGUCGCAACUUUCCUCACUCCCAGAGUUUAUUGUGAGUUGCAGCGCUGCUAAUUUCCCGUGUUGGAAGCUCGAGAAACGGAAGAGCCGAGGAAUCCAGAGAAGAGAAGCAGCUUUCUUCGCGCCUGACCAUGCCGCGGCACAGAGAAAUGGCCCUCCUCCCUCUUCUCAUCCUGCUCUGCUUCUUCUCUUCGCUGGCGAAAGGUGGGAGAUUUGCGAGGCUGGGCAUCAACUAUGGCACCCUCGGAGACGACCUCCCCUCCGCCGCCCGCUCCGUGGCCCUCCUCCGCUCCAUCGGCGCCGGAGCCGUGAAGAUCUACGACGCCAACCCGGCCAUCCUCCGCGCCCUCGCCGGAACCCGCCUCCGCGUCUCCAUUAUGGUGCCCAACGAGAUAAUCCCCUCCCUGGGCACCAACGCCUCCCUCGCCGACGCCUGGGUCGCCGCCUACCUCACCCCCUUCUACCCCGCCGUCCGUGUCCGCUACCUCCUCGUCGGCAAUGAGAUCCUUUCCUACACCUCCCUCGCUAACUCCACCUGGCCUUUUCUCGUCCCUGCCAUGGUCAACAUCCACCGCUCUCUCAUCGCCCGCUCCAUCCGCGAUGUCAAGGUCAGCACGACCUUCGCCAUGGACGCCCUCGGGAUCUCCUUUCCGCCCUCCGCCGGCGCCUUCCGCUCCGACAUUGCCGAACCGGUGAUCCGACCUCUCCUCCGGUUCCUUCACAAGACCCGCUCCUACUACUUCGUCGACGCCUACCCUUACCUUGCCUGGGCCUCGAAUCCCUCCUCCAUCCGCCUCGACUACGCCCUCUUCACCGCCAAUUCGAGCUUCAACUACUUCGACCCCGGAAGCAAGCUGACCUACACCAACCUGUUGGACCAGAUGCUCGAUGCGGUGGCGGCCGCGAUGGGCCGUCUAGGGUUCGGCGACGUCCGGAUGGCCGUGGCCGAGACGGGUUGGCCGAACGCCGGUGACCUGGACCAGAUUGGAGCGAAUGUCCACAACGCGGCUACUUACAACCGGAACCUCGUGCAGCGGAUGGCGGCGCGGCCUGCAGCGGGGACGCCGGCAAGACCAGGGGCGCUGAUGCCGGUGUUCAUCUUCUCGCUUUACAACGAGAACCAGAAGCCGGGGCCGGGGACGGAGCGCCACUGGGGCUUGCUCUACCCCCACGGGAAGAUGGCCUACGAUGUGGACCUGAGCGGGCGGCGGCCGUUGGCGUCAUACCCGUCGCUGCCGCCCCCGGAGAACAACGAGCCGUACAAGGGGCGGAUAUGGUGCGUGUUUGGCGGUGGUCGGAGGGCGGCGUCGAACGCGACGGCAGUGGGGGCGGCGCUGGCGUAUGCGUGCGGGCAGGGGAACGGCACAUGCGACGGGAUCCGGCCCGGCGGGCCUUGCCACAAGCCCAACACGAUCGUGUCGCACGCCUCUUACGCCUUCAAUUCGUACUGGCAGCUGUUUCGGCGGGCCGGUGCGACGUGCUUCUUUGACGGGCUCGCCUUGCAGACCAAAACAGAUCCAAGUUAUGGAUCGUGCAAAUACCGAAGUUUGGCAAACUAAGCAGAUACUAAAAUGUAUUGAGGACACCAUAUUCAAGACUCUGUGAGUGAGAUUAGUUUGCAGUGGUGUCUCAGUUUUGAGGAUGGAUAUAUCUACAUAAAUUCGAUGAUGUUUCGCUUCGCCGUCCAUAUAUUCUCUACAUGUAUCUCUUUUAAACUCCCUUUUUUGGCAUUUUUAUCCAUUAUUGCACUUCAUGUAGUGUGUUGAUAUCAAGUGAUCGAUGUGGUAAACAUGGUAGUAUUUAUCUGGGAAUGAGAUUUCUAAUAGAAAAACUUACUUUGUUGUUUUGGUAGCAAA